ACAAGCAAACGUCAAAACUGUCAAGUGAAAUGAAAUGUUGCGAUUUCUCUGAUUGAAAAAGUUUGAACACAAAUAUUUAAAUAAGAAUAGGUGUCCAGUGAAGUGUUUAUAGUGUUAUAUUAUUCAAAAUGUCGGGCACGACAUCUUAUAAUAAUGAUAAAGUGGUUAUGGGUGAGGUGGAAUACCCGGCUAACGAUCCAGCGUCCGGGGCGUUUUUCCAACCUGAUUACAAGAAGAAUGAAGACUUGAAACUCAUGUUGGAUGGCUCCAAAGAUUCUUUGAAGCUGGAGGCUAUGAAGAGAAUCAUUGGCAUGAUAGCCAAAGGCAGGGAUGCAUCAGACUUGUUUCCAGCGGUAGUUAAGAAUGUGGUAUCAAAAAACAUAGAAGUGAAGAAGCUGGUGUAUGUCUACUUGGUUAGGUAUGCUGAGGAGCAGCAGGAUCUUGCACUGUUGUCUAUCAGCACCUUCCAGAGAGCUCUUAAAGACCCAAACCAAUUGAUCCGUGCCAGUGCUCUCCGAGUACUCUCGUCUAUCCGUGUGCCAAUGAUAGUUCCUAUAGUGAUGCUAGCCAUCAGAGACUCUGCCAGUGACAUGUCACCCUAUGUCAGGAAGACUGCUGCUCAUGCUAUACCUAAGUUAUAUAGCUUAGACCCAGAACAGAAAGAAGAACUAGUAUCGAUAAUAGACAAGUUGUUAUCAGACAAAGCGCCUCUCGUCGUUGGGUCAGCUGCUAUGGCGUUUUCUGAAGUGUGCGGGGAACGCAUGAGUCUUAUUCAUAGGAGUUACAGAAAACUGUGCUCUUUACUAGCAGACGUAGACGAGUGGGGACAGCUCACUUUGCUCAACGUGCUCACCGUGUAUGCUAAGACUUGCUUUGCAGACCCCAACUCUGAGACGUACUCAAGCGACAGCGACACAGACAAGCCGUUCUACGAGUCGGAAAGCGACGGUACUCCGCGCAAGCACUCGUCCACGUCCCCCUCGCUGGACGCCGACCACCGACUCCUGCUCCGCGCCGCCAAGCCGCUGCUGCAGAGCCGCAACUCCGGAGUCGUGCUCGCUGUCGCACAGCUGUUCUAUCAUUGUGGACCUGCUCAAGAGCUGCCUCCAGUUGCUAAAGCAAUGGUUCGUCUGCUUCGCGCUCCGCUGGAAGUGCAGAGCGUCGUGCUCAACUCCAUCGCCGCGCUUACUGUCACCAGGCGGGCACUCUUCGAACCAUUCCUAAAAUCAUUUUUCGUGCGCAACUCGGACCCUACGCACAUAAAACUUCUAAAACUGGAGAUUUUAACCAACUUGGCGACAGAAGCCAGUGCCGGGGUCAUACUAAGGGAGUUCCAGACGUACGUGACGUGCAGCGACAAGGCGUUUGCCGGGGCCACUAUACAGGCGAUAGGCAGGCUGGCUGUUGCGAUACAUUCCGAGACGGAGACGUGUCUGAAUGGGCUCUUACAUUUGUUGUCUAGUAAAGAUGAAUGGGUGGUAUGUGAAGCCGUAGUGGUGGUGAAGCGCGUGGUGGGUGGCGGCGCCACAUCCGCCCGCGCCGCUGUGUCCAGAGCUGCUAAGUUAUUGCGUUCUGACAGACUAGCGGGUGCAGCCCGCGCGGCGGCGGUGUGGCUGGUGGCGGAGCACGGGGCGCCGCAUCCGCGGGCAGCGGCAGUGCUCGCGCAUAUGGCGGCUAGCUUCGCUGAUCAGGAUGAGCUAGUGAAGCUCCAACUCCUAUCGCUGGCAGUAAAACUGUCAGUGACACAACCAGACACUCUUCCCGUGUGUCGCUACGUAGUAUCCCUCGCUCGCUACGACGUGAGCUAUGACGUCCGCGACCGCGCACGAAUGCUCCGUCGCUUCAUCGAGCCGCAGCCAGGCAAGCAGCUACAUAAGUAUGUAGCCGAUAUAUUCUUACCGGAGAAGCCGAAGCCUGAUAUACAGAGUAGUUUUAAAGACCGCGGCACGUUCACAGUGGGUUCUCUCUCCCAGUACAUCGGCACCGCAGCAGGCGGAUACAGGCCGCUGCCGGCCGGGCCUCGAGCCACGCUCGCCGCGCACCUGCGCGACACCGCGCCCGCGCAACACAUUAUAUCUGAAGACACGCAUGACGCACAGAAAAACAAAAGUUUCUACUCUGAGCCGGAGAGCAGUGGAUCAGGGUCGGCCUCAUCGUCUUCUGAAGAUAGCAGCUCCGAGGCUUCUUCUGAUGAGGAAGAAAGUGCUACUGAAGAUAAGAAGACUGAAAAACCUGUGAAAGAAACCAACAACUACAGAUCAUCCAACUCAGGCACAUCGGACAGUGAAUCGGACAGCGAAUCGGAAAGCGGAUCGGACAGUGAAUCCGAACAAUCGGCCGACAGCAGUGAGGAAGAACCUAGUAAGAAGAAUGAAGUUCCUCGUGAUAAGAAGCAAAACGCUCAACAACCGAAAGAAACGGAAAAAGAACAGAAAAGAAACGAGAAGUCUAACUUAGAACUGCUGUUGGAACUGGACGAGGUGGCGAGCUCCCUCCCCACCAUGACCCCCACGUGCGGGGGAUUCCUAUCUCCCCAAAGUGUGGCCCCCACGCAAGGGAUAGGGGACGCGGACAGCAUAACGCCGGUAGGUCCUUCGCAUAUCAACACUACGCCGACGGAGGUGCUGGGCCGCGUUCGCUGGGCGGGCACCGUGCUCGCGCUGCGCUGGUCGCGGGCGCCGCAUCUAUACUCGCACACUAUGUGCGCGAUAGAUUUGAUAUUUACGAAUCACAGUGCCAAUGAAGUUACUAAUAUUAGGCUGCAUAAGAAGACACUAACAGGAUCCCGAAACAUCCACGAGUUCGCGCCUAUCCCUCUGCUAUCCCCGUCCGCCACCGCCACCGUCACGCUGGGAGUCGACUUCGCGGACACCAUACAGCCCAUUGAGUUUACCAUCAUCAGUUCUAUAGGCGAAGUGCCAGUAUCGAUAACGCCGCCGGUGGGCGAGUUGAUGCGAGCUGUCACCAUGUCGCAGUCGCGAUGGGACGCCGAACAUAAGAAACUUAGGGGCAUGACUGAGUGUGACAAGAAAGCAGUAAAAGUAGAAGAUGAACAAACAAUAUGCAAACGAGUGUUCGAGACUGCUAACGUCGCAGCCAUUACGUCUACUGGAGAUUUUCUCAGAUUCGCAGGCCGAAUGAUGUCCUCACAAGACCUAGUGCUCCUCUCAGUCCGGUGUGAGGCGGAUAGUUCCCGCGUCACCGCCAACUGUCAGAACAUGGCCAUCGCCUCACUACUCGCCAACCAGGUUGCGCAGGCGCUGUCUAGGACAUAACCUGAUAGUGACGGUUAUUUACUACUGUAUUGUGUACCUUAUGUUAUGUUGCCGUCUGAUUGAAUAUUUAUGAAGACUUAAAGCUAAAAAAAACUUAUUUUUUUACGUUCAAAAUGUACUUUAUUUGUAUUUCGACAACUAAGGAUUUUAAUACCUUGUCUGAGCCGAUUUAUCCUUAAUAAACCUUAUAUUUUGUCUAUAAGAUCUAUUUGAAAAAGUUGAUCUUCGUGGAAGUAGAUUAAUUUUAUAAAUAUGUUAAAUCACGCACCAGAAAUAAGCUACUUUGAAGCAGACACAUUUUGAAUAUUUUGUAGAAACCUAAUACGUUAUUACAUUCCAAAUUAAUAGGUUUUCUCCCUUCUAGUCAAUGUACUGCCCUAUAAAAAAAAUCUUCGAUUUUACUAAAUGUAAUUUUAAUUUCUAAAAUCAUUAGAUAGUAACUAAUUCAAUUUAAAAAUUAUCUAAAAGACAAAUUAGGCCUUCUUACCUUAAAUAAUAGUUUUAUGUGUAGAGACAUAAACUAUGUCGAUAAUUUCAAUAUCGAUGAAAUACCGAAUUAAGAUAUGGCGGUAAACUCACAACACUAUUUUAAAUGUAUAAGUUUUUGUAAGACUAUUUGAAAUUGUUAGAAAAACUACUGUAAUUACAAUGAGAUCAAUUAUUUCUAAGAUCUAUCUAUAAAGUCUAAAGAAUCUGUUAAAUAUUCCGUAUAUAUUAUAAGGAAAUAGGUUAUAUGGAAAAUAUUAUACUUAUUGGUAAAUGUCUACAAAGAAAAUUAUUAAAGAAAUAAAUAAAACAAUUAAUAUUUA